AUGAACGCUCUACCGGAAGACAGCUGGGACGAGGGUGAAUACGAAGUAGAACCCAUCUCGAGCGUGCGAACAGGACGUCGGACACGCUACGGACGGAAGCUGCGCGAGUUCUUGGUGCGCUGGAAGGGUUACGACGAUCCAACACGGGUCGACGAAGCCGAUCUUAACUGUGGAGCAAUACGGCAUGAUUAG